UCAAAUUCAUAGGUAUUUCGCGACAUAAAAAAUUCGAAAUUUCCAAAGUGUCAGUUAAACAGUGAAAAAAAAUUGUAUAUUUUCAAAAUGGUUAAAGCUCCUGCAAUCGGUAUAGAUCUGGGCACCACUUACUCCUGCGUGGGAGUGUGGCAGGGCGGAAAAGUGGAGAUAAUCGCUAAUGAUCAGGGUAAUAGGACCACUCCGAGUUAUGUGGCUUUCACGGAUACAGAAAGAUUAAUCGGCGAUGCCGCCAAAAAUCAAGUGGCGAUGAAUCCCAACAAUACUGUUUUUGAUGCUAAAAGGUUGAUAGGAAGACGAUUCGAUGAUUCCAAGAUUCAGCAGGAUUUGAAGCAUUGGCCUUUUAAGGUUGUCAAUGAUAAUGGAAAGCCGAAGAUUCAGGUACAUUUUAAAGGUGAGAUGAAAAGAUUCGCUCCCGAAGAAGUCAGCUCCAUGGUGUUGACGAAAAUGAAAGAAGUAGCCGCCGCUUAUUUGGGACGCGACAUCAAAGACGCCGUCAUCACCGUCCCAGCGUACUUCAACGAUUCCCAAAGACAAGCCACAAAGGACGCCGGCACUAUAGCAGGCAUCAACGUCAUGCGCAUCAUAAACGAACCCACGGCGGCGGCGCUCGCCUACGGCUUGGACAAGAACCUCAAAGGAGAACGCAACGUUCUUAUUUUCGACUUGGGAGGCGGCACUUUCGACGUUUCCAUUCUAACGAUCGACGAAGGAUCACUGUUCGAAGUUAAAUCCACCGCAGGGGAUACCCAUCUCGGCGGCGAAGAUUUCGACAACCGUUUGGUCAACUAUUUCGCAGACGAAUUUAAAAGGAAGUUCAAGAAGGAUUUGUCGAAGAAUCCUCGGGCGUUAAGGAGGUUGAGGACGGCAGCAGAAAGAGCGAAACGAACGCUGAGCUCCAGUACAGAAGCUUCUUUGGAAAUAGACGCUCUAUUCGAAGGCAUCGAUUUUUACUCGAAAAUAUCCCGAGCCAGAUUCGAGGAAAUGAACUCGGACUUGUUCAAGGGCACUUUGCAGCCGGUAGAAAAAGCCUUGAACGACGCUAAGGUGUCCAAAAGCGAUAUACACGAUGUCGUAUUGGUGGGAGGUUCGACCCGCAUACCGAAAAUCCAGUCUCUUUUGCAGAAUUACUUCAACGGAAAGACCUUGAAUCUGAGCAUCAAUCCAGACGAAGCCGUGGCCUAUGGAGCGGCCGUGCAAGCCGCUAUAUUGAGCGGUGAUACCAGUUCGAAGAUCCAGGAUGUGCUUUUGGUGGACGUUACUCCUUUGUCCUUGGGUAUCGAGACCGCGGGUGGGGUUAUGUCGAAGAUUAUCGACAGGAAUUCUAGGAUACCUUGCAAGCAAUCGCAGACGUUUACGACGUACUCUGAUAACCAACCGGCCGUUACCAUACAAGUUUUCGAAGGAGAAAGGGCCAUGACCAAGGAUAAUAAUUUGUUAGGUACGUUCGACUUGAGCGGGAUUCCCCCGGCACCCCGAGGCAUACCCAAAAUUGACGUCACCUUCGACCUAGACGCCAACGGCAUUCUGAACGUGUCCGCUUUGGAAAACAGUUCGGGAAAAUCGAAGAAAAUCCAAAUCAAAAACGACAAGGGUCGUCUGUCGCAGAAAGACAUCGAACGAAUGCUGGAGGAAGCCGAAAAGUAUAAGGACGAGGACGAAAGACAGAGAGAGAAGAUUUCGGCCAGGAAUAGUUUAGAGAGUUACGUAUUUAGCGUCAAACAGGCUAUCAGCGAGGGGGGGAGUAAAUUGAGCGCUGAUGAUAAGAGGAAGGUGCAGAACGAAUGUGAUAAUUGCAUGAGGUGGUUGGACAACAACUUUUCAGCGGAAAAAGACGAGUACGAGUACAAAUUCAAAGAAAUCCAAAAAAUAUGUUCGCCUAUAAUGACGAAAUUACAUAGAGGCGGAGGAGGUGCUGGCGGUUAUAAUAGCACUUCUGGCGACCAAGAUGGCCCCACCAUCGAAGAAGUUGAUUAGGCGGUUGCCUGCAUUACAGCACCAUCUAUACACAGCCGGAUUAUAGAUUAAAAUGUUAAAAUCGAUAGUUUUUUAUUAAAAUUGUAUUUUUGAUAUGUUCGAGAAAGGGUAUAUGUGGUAGUUUUAAUCUAUAAUUUGAACGUGCAGUACCUAGUUUUUUUAUGCUCACUUAAAUCUUUUGGGUAAAAUAUGGUUACCAUUUUUGGGCUGUAGUAAAAAGGAAAUAUUGAUUUCAAAUUUAAAUAAUGUUCACUGGUAAAAUUGUUAAUUCUGUACACCUAUAAUAGGAAAAAUAAAAUGGUUGCUGAC